ACUUACGAGCGAUAAAUUACUCCUCCGUGUAUGCUCUCUGCUUGUGAGCUCUAUUUGUUUCCCUUACUUUAUCUAGCUUGUCAAGCCUCAUCAACCUGUGUCGGCGUCAAAACCUUCCCAUCCUUACGAGCGACGUCUCCCGCUAUUGUUUUUCUUGCCUUCUGAGCAGUCUUGGGUCUGCCCUGCCAUGCCUUUGCCGACAGAGACAGCUUCACCGUUCGAUAUUAUUGUCCGAGCCCUGCAAUGGAGUGUUUAUUGUCUGGUUGGCUUGCUUUCAUGUGGCAUUUUGUUUGUUCAGCUCCAAGGAUUGCUCUCCGAUUAUAACCCUCUAAAGAUUUUUGAUGUUAGAGAAGAAGAACCACAAGUCCCUUGCUACUUCAUCUUCGGAGACUCACUUGCUGAUAAUGGCAACAACAACUAUCGCCUUACCCUAGCAAAAUCGAACUACCCUCCUUAUGGGGUGGACUUCCCUGAAGGUCCCACCGGACGGUUCACCAAUGAUCGCCUUAUUGUUGAUAUUAUAGCUCAACUUUUGGGUUUUGAGGACUUCAUUCCACCUUUUGCAAAUUUAACCGGGAAAGACGUACUGAAAGGAGUGGAUUAUGCAUCGGCUGCGUCGGGGAUUCUCAAUGAAACUGGAACACAUCUGGGUGAUAUAAUAAGCAUGAAUGAGCAGCUAGAGAACCACUUAACCACGGUGUCAAAAAUCGUUCGGGUCCUCAAGGAUGAAUCUGCAGCCAAAGAGUACCUCGGGAAAUGCAUAUACACGAUCAUAACGGGAAAUGAUGAUUAUAUAAAUAACUAUUUUAUGCCCAGUUAUUAUAACUCUAGCAAGGUGUACAGUCCUCGGCAGUUUGCAGAUGUGCUUGCGAAGCAGUUCUCCAAGCAACUCGAGACUCUAUAUUCCUAUGGAGCAAGGAAGGUGGCCAUAUUCGGUAUUGGGUUGAUAGGGGAAGUCCCAGAAAUGAUUGCAAGAUUUGGAGCCAACUCUACUGCGGUGGAAGCUGCGGCUGGGCUGCUUAACAAAAAACUUCUGCCGCUCAUUGAUAACUUGAACAGCCAAUUGACUGGAGCUAAGUUCACUUACAUAAAUACCUCUGGAAUCUCGAUUACGAUCAAUGCUACAGCAGACCAUCUGGAUAGCACGGACCCCUGCUGCCGGAUGGUACCAGGAGAGGGCACUUGCGUGCCGGGGAGCAUUCCUUGCGCUAACAGAACAGAGUACGCAUUCUAUGAUGGAUUCCAUACAACAGAUGUGGUGAAUGUCAUCGUUGCUGGAAGAGCAUACAGAAAGGAGUUAUCUAUCGAUGCUUCUCCUUAUGACAUUUACGAUCUCACACAGCUAAAAUAAUUGUUUUUGGGGCUCUAUCAAACGUUAGAAUAAGCGGGAAGAAUAAAGUCAUUUGGGGACAAGAAUAGGCCGGUUCGUGUUGUCUGCUGGAGCUAUCCUCUAUGGAUAGACAGCUAUAAUAUAUAUGGAUGGAUACUUCAAUGUGCCAUGAAAUGUGGAUCAAUUCGCAUUCUAUACAUUGAAGUUUCUAUAUAUUGAGGUUUGAUUUUGCAAAA